GCACUCAACGCACUCCGCCAUUUUGUAGCGUUUUAAGAAAACUCAGCCAAGCAACAAAGUUGAGGAUCAGAGCUGUUGUUCCUCUGUGUGCAAUGGACGGCCGCCUAGAGACUGAAUUGUAUCCUAUGGGAUCAAGUUAUGCAGAAUUAGACGUUGUUCAUGAUAUUGCAGUUGGUACAAAGAGAGGAUCUGACGAGUUGUUCUCCUGUGUUACCAGUGGGCCUUAUAUCAUGAGCUCAGCAGCCAACGGCAACGACAGCAAGAAAUUCAAAGGUGACAUUAGAAGUCCUGCCGUCCCGUCCAGAGUUAUACAUGUUCGCAAGCUGCCCAAUGACAUCAACGAAGCAGAGGUCAUUGCCCUUGGUCUCCCAUUUGGGAAAGUGACCAAUCUGCUUAUGCUGAAGGGAAAAAACCAGGCUUUUUUGGAAAUGAAUUCUGAAGAAGCAGCUCAGACGAUGGUUACUUACUACUCCUCUGUAACGCCUGUCAUCAGAAAUCAUCCCAUCUUCAUGCAAUACUCCAACCACAAAGAGCUGAAAACAGACAAUUCACCAAACCAAGUGAGGGCACAGGCAGCAUUGCAGGCGGUGAAUGCUGUCCAGACAGGUAGCUUGACUCUAGGUGGUGUUGACCCAUCUGGUAUGACUGGCCCCAGCCCUGUUCUGAGGGUCAUCGUUGAAAAUCUUUUCUACCCCGUGACCUUGGAUGUCUUGCACCAGAUUUUCUCCAAGUUUGGCACAGUGCUGAAAGUGAUCACGUUUACCAAAAACAAUCAAUUUCAAGCUCUCCUUCAGUUCACCGAUGGUCUGACGGCACAACAUGCCAAGCUGGCUCUAGAUGGCCAGAACAUCUACAAUGGCUGCUGCACCCUGCGAAUCAGCUUUUCCAAACUUACCAGCUUAAAUGUCAAAUACAAUAAUGACAAGAGCCGUGACUACACUCGCCCUGACCUGCCCACAGGGGACAGCCAGCCUACACUUGAACAUCACGCUGUGGCUGCAGCCUUCGCUGCUCCUGGGAUCAUCUCUGCUGCACCAUACGCAAGCGCACAUGCCUUUCCUCCAGCUUUUGCCAUUCAGCAGGCUGCUGGUUUGACAAUACCUGGGGUUCCCGGAGCUCUCGCCUCACUGGCCAUUCCUGGGGCAGCAGCGGCUGCAGCUGCUGCAAGUAGACUGGGCUUUCCAACCCUCCCUGGCACACACUGCGUUAUGCUGGUCAGCAACCUGAACCCUGAGAGAGUUACGCCCCACUGCCUCUUUAUUCUCUUCGGAGUAUAUGGGGAUGUAUUAAGAGUGAAAAUCAUGUUUAACAAAAAGGAGAAUGCUCUCAUACAGAUGUCUGAUGGGACACAGGCUCAGCUUGCAAUGAGUCAUCUAAAUGGACAGAAGUUAUACGGCAGGCCCCUGCGCAUCACACUGUCCAAACAUACGACUGUCCAGAUGCCGCGGGAGGGACAUGAGGACCAGGGUCUCACCAAAGACUACAGUAAUUCUCCUCUCCAUCGCUUCAAAAAACCAGGCUCCAAAAACUACUCCAACAUCUUUCCUCCUUCAUCUACUCUGCACCUGUCUAAUAUCCCACCCUCUGUUGCUGAAGAUGACCUUAAGCUGCUCUUUGGUAGCAGUGGUGCUCUGGUCAAGAACUUUAAGUUCUUUCAGAAAGAUCGCAAGAUGGCUCUGAUUCAAAUGAGUUCAGUGGAGGAAGCAAUUGAGUCUCUCAUCCAGUUCCACAACCACGAUCUUGGAGAAAACCACCAUCUUAGGGUUUCCUUUUCCAAGUCCACCAUUUAAGAGAAAUGUGGUUUAGAAGGGGCUGGAGUGGCCAGUCAUUUUAAACCUUAAUGAGUCUUAAUCACAAAGCUCACUUCCGUCAUUCCAUUGUUUUAUUUAAGAGGCAUUUUAGUUGAUUUUUACAUAUUGUUUUACAUUUUAAAUCACUUGUAUUAUUGCUUUGGCCUGAGAAGUUUUCACUCCAUCUAUUAAUUUAAGCCUGUUUAAGGCUUGUAAAAAUAAUUUCUGUAGGAGCGGAGAAGAACCACUAAAGGCCUUGGAUUAUAUUUGUACCGUGUGUGCCUUAUUGUUUCAGAUCUUCAGAACCUCAGUCUAACAUCUGCAACCGAUAUGUGCAAAUCUGUAGUUUACUGUGUAUUUUGUGCCCUCAGGGCUGAACAUUCAUGCUCAUAUGAGACAUGGGUAAUUUCAUCAGACUGAUGGUACAGGCCUUAAACUCUCCGCCUCUGUGCUUUGUAUUUCCAAGUACGGUUGUACUCAGCAUAUCCUCAAGCUUAGCAUUUAUACUGUAUCUUGACACUUAGAAAGUUUACAGGCAUUUUUCCUGCUUCAUAAUUAUGCAAUCAUUUGUGUAAAAUCCAAUAGUGUUGUGUAGAUUUGUAUUGUUUUUAUACUGUGGGCCAUUGCAUGUUGGCUGUGGUCAAUGGACCAGAACUAUUUUCUGUUUGUCAUGUACUUUGUGUGAUGUGUAGCAUUGGGCUUUGUGUUAUUGUGAUAUAGUGGAUUAUUUAAGCUAUACUACUUUAAUGCCCUAUGUAUUCAUGUACGUGUGUGUACACUACAGCUUGAUACCAAAGCCUUUCCUCCAUGUACCUUCGUAAGGGACAUUCCAACAUUUUUUAGACUCAUGACAUGUACAAACUUGUCCUCAACCAAUGAACUGAUGUUGGCUUCUCUUUAGAGAACUGCGUCUGUGAUGGAAACUACUCAAGUGAAUUUGGAGAAGCACCACAUAUGACUGAUAAUCAGCAUACUUAUUAAAUUGUUUUUAGUAUAUGAGUCUUAACAGUUUGGGAACAAUGAUCUAUAAAUUGGGGAUGAGCAUUUAUUCUCCACAAUGGCCUUCAGUGAGAUCUGUAAUAUGGGUCUGAGCCUUUAUUUUUCUGAUAUUUGUAUUUGAAAUCUCACAAGUGCCUUUUGAAAAAUCAUGUAUUGGUUGAUUUUGCUGAUGAUAAGUUUGCAUUAACUUUUGAAAAGAUGUUUUAUGAUGGACUAAAUUUGGCAAACCUCAAACAUACAUAAAAUCAAAUUGAACUUGUUUAUGUUAUAUUCCAGACAAUAUUACUUGUUCUUAACUAUUUUAGCUGUGGGUUAGGUUCUAUGAAUGUAGUUUGUUUUCUUUUGUUAUGUGUUUUACUUUGGGACCAAUACAAAAAAAGAGGUAGCGCUUCAGAGAAAUCGAACUGCUUGUUGGAUGUAGAUAGCAAGUUGGUUCAUGUUGUGGAUACGUUGAUUCUUUAUAGUGCUAGAUAAAACCUGAUUAUGCAUUCUUGCACAUUGAAAACCCCCAAUUUCUGACAUCUGCCUUCGAUUAUAAAGUGCUUUUUCAUAUAGUUGACAUGAGGUGUAAAUACUAUUUUUGUAUCACAAUGUUAAAAGUUAUGGAGUUUUAUAUCCACGAAAGUGUAUAUUUUGAUACCGUUAUGGACCAUCAUCAUACAAAAAAAGAGAAAGAAAUAAUUUCAAUAUAAAACGGUUUAAAUCAGGAUUUACAUUUUUUUUAAAUUUUGUUUUGUUUUCUGUCCAUACCUAUCUUGUUCUUGUGACAUUCCUUGCUGUAUUUUCCUUUGCUCUCAAUAAACAUUUGUUUACUCAUCUCA